AUAAUUAAACAGAUCUCUUACAGUACAGACUGUACAGUAGCCCCCUCCCUCGCUCUCUUUUUCUCUCUCUACCUCUCUGUUUUUCUCCGCUAAAUGCAAAAACCCUAACGUUCUCUGAUCCUCACCAUCGGCGUGGUGAGCAGAGAAGUAAGAACCAGCAUACAUACUAUUACACCGUAUCAAAGCCUUUUCGACGUUGGAAUUUUUGUUCUUUAAAGUAAAUUUACGCUUCGUUUGAUUUAUCGGAAUGAAAGAAGGGAAAUCGGUAAAAUUAAAUCUUCACCCUCUACACCAGAACGGUCACUUGUCUCCGUUCAAAUUCGCCAAGUUGUUGGAUCCAGAGGCUUCCUGGGACAAGGAUCAAUUGGGAGAUGUAUUACAUUGGAUUCGACAAGUAGUGGCCCUUGUAUGCGGGUUACUAUGGGGUGCCAUACCUUUAAUUGGGGGGAUAUGGGUGAUUAUAUUCCUUUUGAUAUCCUCUGGGAUUAUAUAUGGUUAUUAUGCAAUGAUACUAAAGAUUGAUGAAGAGGAAUUUGGUGGUCAUGGAGCGCUCCUCCAAGAGGGGCUUUUUGCUUCCAUAACUCUCUUUCUGCUUGCGUGGAUUCUUGUAUACAGCUUGGCACACUUCUGAUUGUCUAGGUACCAUCAAUUCAGCUACCUCAUCUCUGUCACAAGCGAUGUAUGAACUGUCUCACUUGAUUACAUCACACUCUGAUUUGUGCCAUGAAAACAUGGAGAAAAACUCUUACCAACAUUAUUUUUUGCUUUCUAGUAUUGAUUGCAAUAUUUUGGUUUCGCUUCAUAAACAACCCAUUCGGUGUUCCGAUUUGUGGUCCAUGCAACUGAUGAUUAUAAUAGCCUCCCACAAAAAAAAAAAAAAAAAAAAGGAUUACUCGUGCAAA